GGGGUUUCUCCCCGAAGAGAGAGGGCAGGGAGCGGCUGCACCGGGCGCUUCCGGGGGGCGGUGCGCCCGGGGCCGGGCCGGUGGGGCGGCCCCUUCCGGCGGCGGCGAGGAUGGCGGCGGAGAACCACUGCGAGUUCCCGGUGCCCGUGGCUGGCGGCCUCGGCACGGGCGGGCCCUGCCGCCGCUGCAGCUCCGCGCCGCCGCCCGGCGCGGGGCCCGGCAAGUGGGUGCGGCUCAACGUGGGGGGCACCUGCUUCCUGACCACUCGGCAGACGCUCUGCAGGGACCCCAAGUCCUUCCUCUUCCGCCUCUGCCAGGCCGAUCCCGACCUGGACUCGGACAAGGAUGAAACGGGUGCCUAUUUAAUAGACAGAGACCCAACAUACUUUGGGCCAGUGUUGAACUAUCUGAGACACGGGAAACUGGUUAUUAACAAGGACCUAGCUGAGGAAGGUGUACUGGAAGAGGCUGAAUUCUACAAUAUCACGUCACUAAUAAAACUGGUAAAGGACAAAAUAAGGGAAAGAGACAGCAAAAUCUCACAGGUGCCAGUCAAACACGUAUACAGAGUGCUGCAGUGCCAGGAAGAGGAACUCACUCAAAUGGUUUCCACAAUGUCCGAUGGCUGGAAAUUUGAACAGCUUGUCAGUAUAGGUUCCCAGUACAGCUGUGGCCGGGCUCAGCAGUCAGAGUAUCUGCUGAUAGUGUCACGGGAAGUGAAAGGGGAAGAGAGAUGCUUCCAGAAAUGCUGCAGUGAGCUGGUCAGUAUUGGUUCUUCCUAUAACUAUGGCAAUGAGGAUCAGGCUGAAUUUCUGUGUGUUGUCUCAAAGGAAUUGCAUAACACUCCAUAUGGCACAACCAGUGAACCCAGUGAAAAAGCAAAGAUUUUGCAAGAACGGGGUUCCAGGAUGUGAAGACAGUAUUGAAUGGUGACAAUUUUUUCACUUCUAUUCGAAGAUGCAGUGAAUUGUCACACUGAAGAGGCUUGGCUGCAAAAGGAAAAACCUGAUUUAGACAAUUUUCUGUUGAUCUGGGUUCAACCAUUUUUGCCUAUAAACGGGGUGUCAACUGGCUGGAAGCAUUGCAAGAUUAUAUAAUGGGAACAGAUGGUGUGGGAGUGUGUGUUAAGUUUUGGUUGUAGUGCAUGGUCGUACUCUCUUGUGGGCUGAUUGACACUGGUCAUUUGAAAAGAAAUGACCAUGCACUCAUAUUUUCCUUGAAGACAUGUAGCACUUAAUGUCUGGUGCUGAGUGACCCAAUGUUGAUCAGUCUGGAGACAUUUUCCUACUAAUCGAUGUAAACCUUAAAAGGACAGUGCAAUUGGUGCUACACACACACACACACGCGCGCGCGCGCACACACACACACGCGCGCGCGCGCACACACACACAAGCGUUACAGCCCACAAAUGCAAGUAUUUGGGCCUACAUUGUUUCAGAAUCAGUGGCAGCCCCAGCUGACUGUGUUAUACUGCACAUUCCUUUUGUCUCUGUGACAUACAUACUCUAUUAUGUAAUAACAGCCUAGGAGAUCAACUGAAACUAGCAUGUGAAAAAAUUACACAACAGAAAAAAGGUUUCUCUGAAGGAAGGGUGUAUAUAUUGACUGGAUUUAUAGCAUAUUUUAUCACCCAAAGGGAAGACUAAACUCAGAGAAAAUGGCCUUUAUCUGAGUUAUUCUUGAUGUUCCUUCUGUUAAAAGUCUUCUGCUAAACUUAUGCUCCAGUCUUAGCCAGAUGCUUGGAAGGGGAAUCAAAAUUCACUUAAAAUGACCAACUGAACAUUCUGUUUCUUUUGAGAUAUUUAUACUCAUAUGUGUGUUUGUGCUUUUAGAAAAUGCCUAUGAGCAUUGAACUAUGUGGAUAAUGGCAGAGAACUUUCUAGAGCUGGAAGUUUUACAGAAGUAUGGCAGGGUAGUCCUUAGGUCCCUGUCACUAUGACUGGGAUUAAAAUCAACCUUAGUGUGAACCCAAGCUCAUCCAACUGAAAAACAUGAUUACUUUGGACAUUCAGGAUACCUGUAAUCAACCUUUCUCUUUCUAUACGGUUUCAACUAUGCAGUUAAAGAAGUGUUUAAAAAAAUCUGGUGCAGCUUUAUUAGUUUGUCCUUGAUGAAGGCUAAUACACUAGACUGGAGCUUUUUAAUACACUAUGUUUUCAGCAAAAUCUUUAGCACAUCUUUAAAACACUUAAUGAAAUGGACAGUAUAAAACUUGGCUUUGUUAACUUAUGGAAGCAGUGGAAGGGAGUUUCAAAAAGCUACAAGAUUGUUUUGAAUUCUAAAGAAAGACAUUACAGUUUUCAUUCUCAGUAAUUUCAGAAUUUAUGCAUAUACUGUAGGUAAUAACUUUACUCAAAAGCCUGAUUUUCAAACAUCUACUCUUUUUUUUUUAUUACUUUUUUUUUAAAGGACUUACACACUGAUAAAAGUUUGGCAGUGAACAAUUUGUAAAAAACAUUUCUACUAAGCAGGUUAAGCAAUGGGCUAAAUGUUUUGUCCAUGUGCCUAAUGCUUGAAAGGGUUUGUACUGCGUUUUGUGACUUGGAUGUGGUCUGCACAGGAAGCUGCUGGCCCCUCCACAACACAUACAAUUUUUGUCUUUUUUUUAAGAAGUUAAAACGGAAUUUAAUUUACUAAAAAUGUAAUUGUGUAGGGGGAAAUGUUUAUACUUUUAUACUUUUUUAGGCACCCAUAUUUUAUCAGCUUAAAUUGAACACACAAAUUUCCCCUAAACAGUAAGAGAUUAUCUUGUGUAUCUGAAAAUAAGCAUAACAGUUGUCUGUGUUAACUGCAUAUUAAAACAUUUCCUCUGCUGCAGUAGUCACUGUGUUUUUAAGCAGUAUGACUCCACUAAAUUCUCUGAGCUCCCCAGCUCAUGGAUUUGCAGCCAACCACGUUACUUGUUGUUUUCCUGAUGUGCUCUACAGAGUAAUUCAGCGUUGUUUUUUAAUGCCUAAAAUGCCUGUUUUACAGUGAUCCUUCUGAAUCAGCAUUUCUGGGUUUUAUUUAACACAAAAAAGAUUAUUGUUUGAUAAAGUGAAAUUUUCUUGAAUGACAUCAACAAAGCAUGAGUAACAAACUGAGCAAACUGAACAAAUUUAGAAUGUGUAAAAGAGUGGGUUUUUCUAAGUACGGGGUUUUUUCACUGGAGUAUUUUCAGUUCUAAAACAUGCUUUUAUUAUGAGAUUACCUGCAGUCUAGUUUACAUUGUAUUCCUGUCGUAGCAGAUUUUGGGGAAAUGAGUGUUUAUAAUCAUUUUGCACUUUGUUUCCAAUACCUCACAAAGAAGGAAAGAGAAAAAAAGAGAAGUUUAGUAGGCAGGUACCUUGUCAAUGAUUUUAAAUAUGCCUUUGUUUGAGACCACUUGAACUAAAAAAAACUACUUUUCCGUUCUUGCUAAUGUCAUUAUUGUUUUAGUUUUUGUGAACAUGUGAGGCUUUCAGGUAGUUGGAAAUGCUAUUGUCAGCCUUUUUCAAGGCAUUAAGAAUUGAUCCCUAAAUAAGUUUGGUUUCUUUUUAUUUGACUCUUGCAGUUUCAAUAAAGUUAGCUACAGUAACAAAGUAAUUGCCUUAGAGUCCUAUCCACAUCACCAGGGUUUGCAAACACUGCUUCCUCUUUUAAGAUCUUGCAGGAUGAAGUAAUGUACCAAUACAGUUUAAACGGGAGUCCUUUGUUUCUUUUCUGCCAUUUGGAGAGUACCUACCUGAGAACUGCCUGGGACUCUGAAGAGCUGAGGGUUCACUGACAGGCUGCAGCUGAAAAGCACUCUGAAUUUACACUUACAUAAGAACAGUACUCCAGGUUAGAACUUAAGAUGCUAAGCAUGAAGAGAUCGUAGUGGAAGGAGUUAAAGCAGGAGGGGAGAGAUACUAAAUUCCUUAAUGGCAUGACAAACAUGACAAACUUCUUGCAAAACUUGUUUAAAAGCUGAAUUCAGAUUUGCCACAGGAAUUUCUUGCUUUGAGUUAGGAAACAGAGAGCAUAUUGUUGGCCUUAAGUUUCCUCAGAGGCCAUUUUCCUUUAUUGGAAAUGACAUUUUUAUACUAUAUGCUUUUGACUUGACUUCAAGUGCCAAGUGAAUCAGAGUUUAUCUGCAAUGAAGCAAUUCUGAGGCCUCCAAGGUGUGAAUGUCAUAUGGUCCAUAAUAACUGUCCAGAAGUUUAGUCUGACUCAGCAGCUCCCACAGUAAACAGACAAAAGGUUACCUGGAAUUUUGUCCCACUUACUGUGGGAUCUCCAUGGAUUAUGGCUAAUUGCAAGGGGUUUAUCCCACAGGAAUUUGUGUGUCAAAGGCCUGAUUGAAUUCAGAAGCUCAUAUUGACUCUUUACUAGAGUGUCAGUCCUCAGAAUCAUAUACUCAUAAAAUUUACAAAAUGUACUGUGUUUUUUUCAAACUCAGCUUUCUUGUAAUGAUAAAAGUUCCUUUCAUCUUGCAUUGUGGUGUUAGGAAAAGAUAUUUCUUUAAAAAAUGAAGCUCAGUGUAUCCAUCCAUCUGACUUUUUUGUUUUCAGAUUUUCUUUGGACAAUAGUUGUGUAGCUCCAUUUCCAGCAAUGUGAAUGCACAGUUACGAUCAAUUAGAAACAGAACUAUUUCCUGCAGAUAACAAAACUAAAUCAAUCUCAUUUUUCUCUGACAGAGGUGUUUUGUUGUUUUGUUGUGUUGGGGUUUUUUUGUUUUGGUUUGGUUUUUUUUCUCCCGGGAGAAAUAUGAAAGCUUCUGGCAGAUUAAACAAAAGAAAACUUGUUUACAGGCAUGCUUUUGGAACUAGUCUGUUGAGUAGGGUGAUGGUGUUAUCAGAAAUGUGCUUCUCAGAAUGCUAUUCUGUGAAUAUCUCUUGAGAUUGUUGAGAAUUGUCAGUCUUUUUUUGAGCUGUAGAGAGCUACGACCAGCAAAUUAGCAUAUGUUUAUUAAAAAUUACUGGGUUUAUUAUUGUUACAAAAAUGACCUUGGACUGCAAAAAUGCAAUAGUACCUGCUUCAAUGAAAUAACAUAGAAACUGGAUAACAAUCAUGCAGGUAUACUGGGAUACAUUCCUUGAGAAGUACUGGGAGAAGAGUGAAGUCCUGAGCUUUUCAUGAAGUCAAAGUCAAGUGAGAGUUGGAGAUGAACCCUGGAAUCCUGUUCACUUGAGAUGUGAUAAAAUCGGAAAAUGUCGCUCUCCUAUUUUAUUGUGUUUCUCGCCAUAUCAAAAAUUUCCAAGUUUUUCAAAUUAACUUCUUCGAUCAGCCCUGAAGUAUGGGGCUCUCAAAAAAGAUAUUUUGUUUGGCUCAAGACAGUAGGAUUAAAACUUGAGUGGUCAUUGGGAAGUGUCUUUUCUAACACAACAGAUUUUAAAUACUUACAGUCUGAGGAUGCUACCUGUUACUUCAUUGUAGUUUAGACUGCAGUUAUCUCCAGCUUUAAGCACAAUCUUGGGAUAUUACCUGGGUUUGUGUGUAGAAUUAUUGAUUCUUAAAAUAGUAUAAAUAUUCAGUUUAAAAAAAAAGGUGGAAGGCUCUCUGAACUAAAUGUCAUAUAACUUUUAGCUCACAAAAAUCACAAACUGUCUUUAAAGGUUUUUUUACUGAACUGAGGCUUUAAAGGGCUAAAUAGAUAUUACUGUUCAGUUUGCCUAAAUGACUGUCAGAAGGAACCCAUUCAAUUUUUAGUGCAGAAAUGUUAAGGGCUAAAAUGCUUUCCAGGGCUAAUGUGAAGUUGCAGAGACAUACAACGUUCAAAAAGUAACUAGUCUGUUUUCUGCUCAACUCCUGGACUCUAAAAUAAUUUUUACAAAUGGCUGAACCAAUUGGAGAUAUAAGGGUUCCUAUAUGGCUUGGAAUUUCAGUAUCUAGAUUGGAUAUAGGAGCACACUAGAGAAGAUAGUAGACUUGCCUACGACUUUACUACUGGCCAUGCUGAAAUCUAAAAACUUUUAUGAACCGCACUGGCAAUGGAGAGGCUUUGAGGAAGAUUCUGCCCUAAGAAGAUGUCACAGAAUAUUUCUUUGCAACAUAAUUGUCCUUUACUUUAGCAGGGUCUACCAAGGUAUAAACUUCUCAAAAGUUCAGUGAAUAGAUACUGCUGCAAGUACAGGUUUCUGAAUCCAUCAAAGAGUUCUCUUUAGGAUGUUGUAUAUUAAUAACUACUGUAAUGACAGAAACUUUUUAGAAAGUUAUUUAGCUACUUUGGGAGUGGGUGGAAGGGGAGGACAUUCUGUGACAGUGCUCUCCUUGCCUUAGAAAGCUGAGCCUAAAUUUUGACCUGACUUAAGUUGCAAUUUUGAGGCCUGGUCAUCUGAAAUGUAAGGGUUAAUGUAUUUAUGUACGUGAUUCUUGCUACUUCUGAAGAUUUUCCAAAAGCUUAUGCACAACUUUACUCACAGGAAUUUGGCUUUUGUACUUGCUAGAAUGAAGCAAGUGCCAAGGCACUGUAAGAGAAGUGUUGCCAACCUCUCUACCUGGAACUGAAACAAGAUCACCAAACUGAAGAAGUAUCAAAUGGCAACUUUUUCCACCUGCUUCUGACCUUAGCCUUGUCUGAAUCCAGCUAUGAAAAAUCUAUUUCCUAUGCACUCUCUAGGCCCACCUACCCAAUUCAACAGAUGUUCUUUCUUUUUCCUACAAAUCACUGCUCUCAAAAUUAGUUGUGCAUCAGCUGUUUGUGCUUAUAUCCAAGCCGCCAUACUUGCAACAUGUUAUUUCCUGGAUAGUGGAUUAGCAAUAACACUUUAUUUUGUGCCAAUUCAUUAUCUCUGAAGUGUUCUUACUGCAGCAAAAUUUGAGUUUUGAUUUGGUUUUAAUGCAUUUGCAUUAGCCAAAACUCUUAGCACAGGCAUAAACAAGAAAGUGAAUCCAGGGAAUUUCCCUGGAAAAAAAUCUGCUAGGGCUUCCCAUAUAAUUUAAAGGUGGUUACAGUUAACCAUCACUUUUAAAACAAGUGUACAAUUAAAAUGUGUGUGGGUAUUUUUUUAAACUCCUUUUCAUAACACUGGUGUAUUGUAAACUGCAUGAAAUAAACCUGGGUUUUCCCUUUUAAA